AUGGCUCGCAUAGCUGGAUCUGUUCUCGCCGUCCCUCCACAUGGGGAGUAUCAUUCAGCUGACGCCCUAUUUGACCGUCCACAUUUUAUAAGUGAAGUUCACAGGCAAAUAGCGACGAGACCUCAGCCAGAAAAGCCUCGGAACGGUGUCUUGCUCACAAGUUUGACACAUGGAAACCCCUUUCCUAUCGGGCAUCCAGGUCCAUCUGGGCCUCCAUUAAUGAUGGAGCCCACUCAACUUCCCCGAGCCUACCCUCCGGCACAAAAUAAUGCUGGACUUGCUUUCGACCAUUUCGGUCCUCAACUAUUGCCAGGGCCUUUCACUCCUCCUCCCCCAUACGCCCCCCUCGACCCCGGAACUGCCGGUGCUCAGCACCCUUCAUACAACGCCGGCCCGCCAUUUGGGUUCCAAGGUGCACAACACGCACCAAUGCCGGCACCACUCCUCCAUCAUCCAGGCAUGGUUUUUCCCAGGACAACCUGGACUUCUCAGGCCGGCAUCAGAGUUCCCUCUGACCUCGCUCCCGCUAAUCAUUCGUCUCACAUGGGUUUGGGCGGCACUCAAAGCGCUCCCAUCGAUCUGACAGGGUCCCCUCCAGUAUCCCCCAAGCCAAACAAGGAGCAGCAGCAAAAAAGACGUAGCCUUACCGACCAAGGGUACGCGUCUACGGAUCCCAUUCUCAUAUCGUCGCCUCAACAGCUUUCCGUUGACGAUCAUGCUGCGGAUCCAGAUGAGGUAGUUCCAGGACUCAAGGCUUUAUUGAUUGCAGAAAACAGGCAUUUGGAUAUGGAGAAAGAGAGACGGAAGGAGGAGGAGCGGAUGGCAAGGGAGCAGAGGGAAGGAGCGGGGGAGCCAGAUAGUGGUCAAGUCCGGAAGGAACGCACCGAGGAUGGUGGGGAGGAAAGGGCUGCUAAGCGUGUGUGUCUUUGA